AGUAAAUGGACCUAUGACAUCAACCACACAUUAAACUGAACAGAAACAAUACUCUGCGUUUGAAACCAUUUAUUCAUAAACAAACUCGGCUCCCGUUUCAUUAUCUUACAUUAAAUACAUGUUUCUAGAUUCAGUGUCAAUCUGUAAGAGCCAGGGUUGAGACAACAACGUCAUUGUCCGCACUCUGUUUCGUCAGAAAGGAGGCUGUGUUCGUGCUCCGGAUCGAUGAAAACACCAUAACAGGUUGCCCGGCAUCAUGAGUCAGCGGACGGAGCGGCGGGGUGGGAUUCACGUGGACCAAUCGGACCUGCUGUGCAAAAAGGGAUGCGGUUACUACGGCAACGCGGCAUGGCAGGGCCUGUGCUCCAAGUGCUGGAGGGAGGAGUACCAGCGGGUCCGGCAGAAACAGAUCCAGGACGACUGGGCCCUGGCAGAGAAGUUGCAGCGGGAGGAGGAGGCAGCGUACGCCAGCAGUCAUGGGCCGCAGACUCAGCCCCCCUCUCAGUCCACACCACCACACCCACAGCCGGGCCACGCCUCUCUGGGACCCUUCUCCAAGUUUGAGGAGAAGAAAACCAACGAGAAGACCCGGAAAGUGACCACCGUUAAGAAGUUCUUCAGCCCUUCGUCACGCUCUGCUCCCAAGAAAGAAACCCAAGAAGGAAAGACACCCAGUCCGUCCGUUAGCCGCCGUGCCAGUUUCGAUACCGACCAGGUGUCCAAGGACUUUGUGGACUUCUUGAAGAACUUGCAGAAACCCGGCCGAGAGAUCCACAAGCAGUGCCGAGCCUUCAUCGGGAACAUGUCCAGCAAGAAGGACCUGAGCGCUGAUGAGCUGUCGGAGUGCGUUCAGGACUUCUACCAGAACUUGGCCGACCGUUUGAUGGGUCACUUUAAAUGCUCUUCAGAGUCCGUAGAGCAGGUGAUGGAUCAGGUGGAGAAGUACAUAAUGACUCGUCUGUAUAAGAGCGUGUUCUGUCCAGAAACCACUGAUGAUGAGAAGAAGGACCUGGCCACACAGAACAGGAUAAGAGCGUUACACUGGGUCACCAUCGAGAUGCUGUGCGUGUCCUUCGAUGAGGAAAUCCCUGAAGUGUCUGAGAACGUGGUCAAAGCAAUCACAGAUGUCAUCGAGAUGGAUUCGAAGAGAGUUCCUCGGGACAAGCUGAGCUGCAUCACGCGCUGCAGCAAACACAUCUUCAGCGCCAUCAGGAUCACCAAGAAGGAGCCGGCCUCGGCGGACGACUUCCUCCCCGCCCUGAUCUACAUCGUGCUGAAGGCCAACCCUCCGCGCCUCCAGUCCAACAUCCAGUACAUCACUCGCUUCUGCAACCCCAGCAGGCUGAUGACCGGAGAGGACGGAUACUACUUCACCAACCUGUGCUGUGCGGCAGCCUUCAUCGAGAAGCUGGACGCUCAGUCCCUCAACCUCUCCCCGGAGGAAUUCGAGCGCUACAUGUCGGGCCAGGCCUCGCCGCGAUGCAGCGGCUCAGAGGAGGACUGGUCCUCCCCGGCACCUGCCCCCACCAACCCGGUCUUGGCUCAGCUCAAUCAAAACCUGGAGGUGCUGUCGGGGCUCAGCGGCCGGCAGGAGGCGCUGAUGGAGGCGGCGCACAGCCUGCAGGCCGACCUCCUCUCCUGGCCUGAGAGCGUGCAGCACGAGGUGCACGACAUCCUGAAGAAGUACCCUCUGGAGGUCCUGCCUCGCAGUGCUCCCGCCAUCGAUGACAACAACGACGUGGACAAUGACAACCUGCCGCCGCCCCUCACGCCCCAGGUGGUCUAAAAAGAGAGCAUUUCACACAAAGGGUUUCAAGGUAACAUAUCAUCGCACUAAUCUCCUGAAUGUCUUGCUGAGCUUCCUCUGCACCUGGGGGGAAAAAUAAUUACGCACAAAUCUUUAUGUCAAUGUUGAGAUGGAAAUGUGUGCCGGUGAUCAAAACAAGUUGUCUACAUGGUGCUGAGUUUUGAGUGGACAGAGAAAGACCAAAAAGGAGGAUGCUUUUGUGGCUUGAAAAUGUUUAGUGGUGGAAUCCAAAUACGUUGAGUCAUUUUGAGGUACUGCUCUUUAAUAUUCUACUGCUUGAUGCUCUACUGCAUAUCGAGAUAGUAAACACUCCACUUCUACUUUAGAAUGUAUACCGGGUUCCUGUGAAUCCUUAAGAAGUCUUAAAAAUAGGGUAUGAAUUGAUUUGAUCUCAAAAUAAGUCCUUAAUUGAUAUCAAAAUGUCUUAAAUCAAAGUCUUAAAGUUAGACAGGAGAUUUUAUUUAGAGUGAAAUGUAAAAUGUUAAAGCGAGUGGUAAUAAUAUCUAUUUAGACAGAGAUGCCUUUUGAAUUACGGUCAGGAAAAGAAGAUUGGUCUAACCUUAUUCUGAGCGGCAUCAAAAGGUCUUUACUUCACUUAAAGAUUCAAGUGCACUGGUUGUGUUUCAGCCUCUUUCCUCGUAGGCGUGGUUUUUAGACGGGUAUUAGAAAGAAAGGACAAAUGUGUCUUACUGUAUUGUCCAUCAGCAAGCUUGUUAGGUUGCAGAGCUUUUUAUUUUUCCUGCCUUCGGGGAUGCUUUAAAAAGGAAAACAUGUACAGUCCUGGGAACAAAAUGUAAACGCAUUAAACUGUAAGAUUAUUGCACAGAUGUUUUUGAGGCCUGUUAGCGAACACUGCUGCUCCUUCAUCACAGUCACUAAGUGUCUCUGUUUUAAGUAAUCACAGUAUGUGGUAAACGGGCAAAGACAAAACAAAGCUAUUAUAAACUUCUGUAUUUUAGUGAUGUGUUUCUGUUUGGACUUAGCUGGAUUUCUACUUAUAUUUAUUUAAUUUCCCCCUUUUUUAUUUCUUAUUCUUUCCUUUUUUUCUCGUUUAUUUUUUUCACUUUUUUCUUUAAUUAAUAAUUUUAAAAAAAAUUCGACUUUUUUUAUUCUGUUAUUUGAUUUUUUCCAGUGUUAUUUUUAUCCAAUACAUAUUAAUUGGGGUUGUAAUAUCCCAUAAUGAUCACAUUUCUUGCUGUCUUUGAUAUUAUCCGGAGACCCUUCAGUUUAUUUGUUUGUUUCAUAAAUGUUUUAACAUUUUGCUGUCAGGAUUUACUGUAUUUUUCUGUGUUUUAAUGAAACCAUGUGAAAUGCAUAUUGAAUGAAACAAACUCUAAUAAUGUGUUUUAAACAUCUGUAACAUCAAAUAUUUGAUAUUUUAAAUAAUCAUGUAUGAACUUCUUGAUUGUGCUCUUAUUUUGGCCAGAUAUAAUUUAUGAGAUUUAUUAAACUAACCUGAACCUGA